AUGCGUAUGUUGGCUAAAAUAGAAGAAAAGGCCAUUUAUGAACGCUGUGGAAAUCGAAAUAUGUAUGUGAACAUAGCAAUAAAUACUCUUAAGAUGUUGAGAGACCAAGAUGUGUCUGGAAUCAGUAAUGAUGAUGAGACAACUGAAUUGAAAAAGAAUGAAAAGAAAAAUGCGCUCACCGGGAUUAUUCUUUACAGACAUCUUAAAGACUACCUUCUAACUGAAGAACAGUUACAUGAAAAUAACUACCCCCAACCUAACCCUGACAAACCAGGAAGUGUUCUUUUAAACCCAGGCACAACAACCACACUUGUAAAUGAUCCUUCUAAGAAGAUGUGCUGUCGAUGUGGGAAAAUCUAUGGUGUGACUCCGGAAGGCAAACACAGUAGCGUAGAGGAGUGUAACUACCACUUUGGUCGAUUGUUGAGUCAAAAAGGCACGUAUCUGGUAGUUCUGUUUCAUUUAUUUGAUGAGCCAGUACCAAAGCAGUUGAGAGAGGAGUGGAAUAAAAUAUGUAGUUCAAUGUUCCUUGGUGGCUUAGAAACAUGGUACAGCUGUUGUGAAGGUGUCAUUGGAUCCCCUGGAUGUCAGGUCGCCAAGGUAGGGCUUGUCUUCCAGAACACUGCUUGUUUCAGAACCAGAGUUGCUACCCCCAGCACAGACCUUGGGUGUCAAUAA